GAUUCCCCAGCCCUGAACUCCAGCCAGCGCCCAGCUGACACUCAAUAAAGACCUGUUUACUGGAAUCUGGGAACAAGGCAGGCCUGCUCACCCUAGACCCAAGAAAUGAUAAGACAGCCCCUGGUCAGGUCCACUGUAUUACCAAAAUCUCACAGGAGUCUUGGGAGGGCAGCUGCCAGGUUAUCCUCCCCAUUUUACUGACAAGGCACACAGCCAGGAAUUGGUAGAGCAGAGUCUCAAAGGCAGGGCUAACUGCUCUGUCUGGGUCCUGGAUACUGAGGUCUGUUUUCUGGGCUGGCAAGGGACUCAGACUAGAGGAGUCCAUGAAGCAGGUCAUUUGGCGUGAAGCUGGGGGGUGGGAGGCAUUUGUCUCUCCAGCCUCCACGGCUCCCUUUCCACUUCUAGAUGUGUCAUGCUUCUCCCUAGCCGCAUACCCCCUCAUGCCUAGGCAUUUCCUCCAUCAAGGAUAUUCUCCAUGAGCUCUCUUCCCACUUAAUAUAAGCUGGGGUAGAGCAUUAAAUAUUCCCAUCAGUGGUAAAACACAUUCUGAUUUUAGCAUUAUUAUAUGCAGUGUGAUAAAAAGAACCAUUUCAAAACAUGCCCUCAGUGGGACCUCGCUUUACUCUUUGAUGUCUUUCACCUUUGAUGACUCUCAGCACUCUGUCCACGAGCUCAUCCGUCACCUCACAGCCUUGGUUUCCUCCUUGGCAAACUGAGUGUGGCCUGGUGGUUAGGAGCCCAGCCCUGGGCUCAAGUCCCAGUUCCCCUGCUUGCUACUCUGCACUUUGGGUAAGAGAAUUUACCUCUCUGAGCUUCAGUUCCCUCACCUAUAAGAGACCUAUAAUACCUGCUCCCUAGUGUUUUUGUGUGGGUUCAUGAGUCGUUACAUGUGAAGGGCCAAGCACAGGGCCUGGCUAUCAUAAGCACUUGAUGAAUGGAAGUGGUUUUAGCUGGCACAAGGAUGAUGGUGGCCACUGAUGCCAGGAGGACAUCUCAGAUGCUCCUCACGCUUUAGGGUAUCUGAGCCCUUGCCCUGGCAUGUGGAGUAGUUGGGUGUGAACCCUCAGAUCCUUGCCUGGAGCAGAGGAAAGGGCAAGGGCUGAGCUUUUCCUCUGCUGGGCGCUCCUGGGUGGGAUUUGAGAAUGGGGUCCAGGGGACCUUGCAGGGGCUCAGCCCUACCCUCUUCUCCCUCUCCUCUCCUCCUCCAGACUGUGGUACAGACCUCCAUGACCCGGUCCCAGGUCGCCCUGCUGGGCCUGGGCCUGCUGUUCAUGCUGCUACUGUAUGUGGGGCUGCCAGGACCCCCUGAGCAGACCUCCUGGCUCUGGGGAGACCCCAAUGUCACAAUCCUGGCUGGUCUCACCCCUGGCAGCUCCCCCAUUUUUUACCGCGAGGUGCUCCCACUUCACCGGGCCCGCAGGGUGGAUGUGGUGCUGCUCCAUGGAAAGGCCUUUAACUCCCGGACAUGGGAGCAGCUGGGCACACUGCAGCUGCUGGCACAGAGGGGCUACCGGGCCGUGGCCCUUGACCUCCCAGGUUUUGGGAACUCGGCACCUUCGAAGGAGGCAAGCACAGAGGCAGGGCGGGCACAGCUGUUGGAACGAGUGCUGCAGGACCUAGAGGUGCAGAAUGUCGUGCUGGUGAGCCCUUCACUGAGUGGCUGCUAUGCCCUGCCCUUCCUGAUGCAAGGCCACCACCAGCUGCAUGGAUUCGUGCCCAUUGCACCUGCGUCCACCCAGAACUACACCCAAGAACAGUUCCAGGCCGUGAAGACCCCGACUCUCAUCCUGUAUGGGGAGCUGGACCGCGUCCUGGCUUGGGAGUCACUGCGGCAGCUCCGCCACCUGCCUAACCACUCUGUGGUGAAGCUGCGCGAUGCAGGCCAUGCCUGCUACCUCCACAAACCACAAGACUUCCACCUCGUCCUUCUUGCCUUCCUUGACCAUCUGCCUUGAGCUCACCCACUGUCCAGGCCCCAGGCCUGGCCUGAGCUUGGAGAAUCUGGACCAGUCUCCACCAGGGAGGCAGCCCCUGGGGUUGGAGGGUAGAGGCCAGAGGGCCAGGCCCAGUCGGGACCUCUCAUUUCAUCUCAGAGGCACAAUAAAAGAAAGCAUUUUUGUUA